AUGUGUGAGGGCGUCAUGGUGAUGAUCGUCAUCGUCAAUAAGUUUCAGCGAUCAACGCCAUCUACUGCUCGUAAUCACGGCAAGAACAAGUACAUGACUUGUCCUAUUUACUUUUCCUCCUCACAGUCAUCUUCGAAUCCAUGCUCGCGAGAGGAAGAGCAGCAUGUGCUCAACCAUGGAAGUAAAUUGCCCGAGCUAGAACAGUUGGGCUCCAUUCAAUGGUCUGAAGCUAUACACAGGGCGCUGUUGUAUGAAACGAAAACUGGUACUGCUACAUGUCGCUUCAAUAUUGGCGAUGGCAUUGCUCACUUUCUUGAGUAG